AUGGUGUCGACGGCCAUCAAGGCGGUGCUAAUCUCCGUCGGAAUCACCGCCACGGCUCUGUUUCUAAAGGCUUCUGUUCCUAUGGCUGUAGAUUUCUCCUUAUCGCGAUCUCCGAUCCUCUGGAGCUCCUUUCUCUCGUGGCUGAAACCGCCGUACCUAUUCGUUGUCAUCAACGUCAUAAUCACCAUUAUUGUAGCUUCUUCCAGUUAUCACGAUGGCGAAGACGACGAGAUUACACACGGUGGAGACUAUGAGAUUCUCACUGAGCAGAUCGUCCACCAAGCUCCACCGAGACGUCUGGAGGUUAAGGAAGUGGAUCUGGGUGCGGAUUCCAAUGUCGUGGUCACAUUUCCGCCGCCGAUUCGUGUCGCGGAUUUGGAGAAAUCGGAGGUUGUGUUUGAAGAGAGGGAGGAGGAGGAGGAGGAGACUUCAGGACUGGUCAACAGUGGAGAUGAGUCUGUGGUGCGGACAUCGAAGUUGAAUCAAGUGCCGCCGAUGAUGGAAGAAUCGGAGAAUCUCACUCCGACUGAGAAACCGGCUAGAUCCAGCCACCGGAAACCGGUCAAAGCGAUACCAAAAGUGGGUAUCAAAAAGAAGAAGGCGUUGAGAGUGGCGAAACCAAAACGGAACGAGACGACGAUGGAGAAUACGUGGAAGAUGGUAACGGAGGAAGGAAAGUCAACGACGUUGACUAGUCAUUACCGGAGAUCCAGCACGUUCGGGCUUGACGGCGGCGAGGUGCAAGUACAAGUACAACCCGCCUUGAGGAAAGCGGAGACUUUCAGGGACAUGACUAAUUAUCAAAAGUCUUCGACGGUGACGCCGCCGGUGAAGAUGAAUAAGGAGAUGUCGCCGAGUCGGGAGGAGCUGAAUCGGAGAGUAGAAGCGUUCAUAAGGAAGUGUAAGGAAGAGAGGCUGGUGGAGUCGAUGAGAUUGGACAAAGUGGUGGCUUAG